AUGCAAGCCGCAAACGAGCUCCUCGGAGUACGUUCAGCACGAGCAUCGAACGCCGCCCGACAACCUGAAGACCAACAACAACAGAUCAGAACUGUUGAGAUCCGAGGCCGACCAUACCGCAUUCCAGCCCGCAUUUCCAAGGAGUUCUACCACGACCUCACCUAUUACGAAGACGAGGAAAUCAUCCGAAAAUACAGGCUCGAGCCAUGCAGAGUCGAGGAUUUGUUUGGCGGACAGCGAGGCUCGGCGGAGAGGAAGCGCAGCAGCACGAUUGUGGAGAGCAAGCAGGCUGCUGAUUCCCGUGGUCACUCCAGACGCGCGUGA